AUGGAUGUCGAUGCUGUGACAGCAAUACUUAUCAACAGCGGUACGAUAAGCAUUCCACCCAAAACGGGUAAAGAACCAAGCAACAGCAAAAAAACCAUCAAAAGAAUUCCUCCCAAAGAAAAGAAUAUUGGAAUGUAUAUACCUAGAAACAGCAGCGUCAAAACAUACACUUUACAGGUUUUGUAG